GCAACAUUCAUUUUUGUUUGCAACUUUAAAUUGGCUUAUAGAACUACACAGUUCAAAUUGGAAGACCGGUGCGGCAUGCCGUUUGAUUGGCGAAAAAGUGAUGAUAUUUUCGGUUUUUCGCUGUAUGAUUGGGAGUUGCGUUGUGGAUCUGAGACCUGGCCUGUGAAUAGUGCGGUAUUGAUUCAGAACAGUCCGGUGUUGAAGGCCAGAAUUUCGCACCCAGAAUUCGAGGAUCGUGGCUUCACAGACUUGGAAAAACUUCUACCCGUGAAUUGUGUCACGCCUGAUGUUGUGAACAUGUUCUUGAAUUAUUGCCACUAUGGAACAGAUUCCGCAGAAGAAUCAAACAAAUUGGUUCUUGAUGCCAGCAAUGUCAUCAAAUUUUUGAAAUUUUGUGAUUUGUUACUGCUGGACAAUGACGAAAAACUCGUCAACACAAUCAAAAGAACCCUUGAGGCUACCAAUAUCACAGACGUGAAAAUUGCUGUGCAGAUUUUGCAGGAUCUGGUGAAUCUUGAAUUUAUGUUGAAGUCCAAAGAUCAAAACGACCCGAAUGGUGCAGAAUGCCCAGAAGUGAUCACCCCAAGUAGCAAUUUGUUAUGCCAGGUCAAGGAUCUUGGAACCGUUUGCACAGAAGUGAUUGCCGAAAACCUCGAUUUGCUAUCGCCGCAAAACCGUGACACUUUGCAAGGAAAUUGCAGCCUCCUCAGCAUGGUGCUCUCCAAGGCAAAAUCUUGCAAAAACAAACAAAUUGGACAGUUUAUCGCCGCCCAUUUUGAUUCGUCUCAUUGCAGAUGUCGAAAUGCAGAGGAAUGCUUUGGCAACUUGUCUGAGACCAUUCUUCGCAGCAUUCACAAUUUUGCCAUGGAAGAUGCAACUGUGGUGUUCAAAAUGGGAGUCCAAUUUCAGCAGCCGAAGUGUCGAGAAGCAGCACUGAAGGUGAAGGCACUGAACUUUUCAAAAGGGUUGAAACUUCCUCAACUUUAUCAAAAAUUGGAAGGCAUCCUUGAAGAAAGUUUUGGUCAAGAAGAUGCCUGUGAGAUACUUUGUGAACUCCUGGAGAGGACAGAUCUGGAAGUUCAAUCCGAGGAUCUUGUUUUCGACAAGAUACUGGAGUUGCAGGAACUUGUUUCAGCUGAUCGGAUGGCUGAGAUUUGGCAGACUUGUCGUUUUGCUUAUCUAUCAGCACAGCGCUAUCCCCAAAUGCUACACCACUUGCGGCUGCUUGAGUCCCAGUCUGAGUCACCUGCAAAAAAGUCAGUUGAGCUGAAGGAGUACUUCAUUUUCAGCCUCACAUGGCGCGCAAUCCGUGAAGUCACAGGUGAUGCAGGCUUGAAACAAUUCUUGGAGCGCAGUCAUGUUCGUCCUAUUCAACGCGCAUUGUUCAGCACGCGAUUGUCCCCUCGAAGCAGCUAUGACAAAGAGGUCCACGUUUGUGAGUACAGAGCAAAUGACCCAAGCUGCCGAGGCGUUUUGAAAGGCCUGGGCACAAAAUUUGGUGCUGAGGCUUACACAAAUCCAGUGGGAAAGGAUUUUCAAGUGGUGCUUUCCAGGAAAAUUUAUGGACAUGGGCAGCUUGCAGAUGUCUUGGAACCUCAACCGCUUGAGCCUGUAAAGAUCAGCCAGGGUUCCGAUGGAACCUGUUGGUUCAAGAUCGAUUUGGGGCCACGAAAGCGCCUGAAACCAUCUCAUUGCCGCUUCCAGGUUCGCGGAUAUUUAGGCUCUCCAGAGUUUGAGGCGAAGUGUGAUGAGAUCGAAAGCAGCCGUUGGCUCGGUUCUGAAUUGAGCCCUGAAUGGAGUCCACCCCAAGAUCUACCAGAUGGGUGGAGGUCCAUGACAGUGAGCCUGGGGGCAGUGGACCAAGCCUGUCAGCUGUUUCAAGUGAUCUUGCAUCGUGGUGGUGGUUUUUCUUUUCAUCUUUGUGUGGAGAUCAGGAACUUGGAGCUCUUUGGAACCCUGGAAAUCAGCAAAAAAGGGUUCUUUGCUUCAGGAUCUUCACGACUCCCAUCCUUUGCUUCACUAUCUUCUGGAUUUUUGAACUUCCAAGAGGUUGGCCCCUGACCUAGUUGCCUAGUUACGUGUUGCACAAGUUGUACACCUGAAUGAGUUCAGCUGGGACGGCUAGCAAAAGGCAAAAAAAAA